AUGCGCAGAGCGUGGCCUGUGGACGAACGUACCUUUGAUACGAGUUCUUACUGGAUUGGGUUCAAUGACCUCGAUGGAAAGGGAACUUGGGCCUGGACUGAUGGCUCAGUUACAUCAUAUACCAACUGGUAUUCUGGAGAACCAUCUGGUGGAUCUGAACAUUGUGGUGUAUUACGAUUGAGUUCAGACGGCACAUGGUAUGAUGCAAGCUGCUCGUCAACAUACGGCUACAUCUGUAAAUACCCGCUAAACACCAUUUCCUGUGCUGAAUGGAAGCGUAAAGGCUAUACAUCUAAUGUAUACUACACAAUAGAUCCUGAUGGGAGAAAUAAUGGAGUCGAUCCAUACAAAGUAUACUGUGAUAUGACUACGGAUGCUAGCACAGGUAUUACGACGUUCGAGCACCAGGAGGCGAAUCGAUCUUUAGUAGCAGGUGCACAAGUGGCUUUUAGUUUCAUCCGAAACAUUACCUAUGGUGCCAAGUCGGUUGAUCAAGUGGCUACCGGUGCCGAUAUCAGCGGGGAGUGCUACCAAUAUAUCAAGUACGAAUGCCAUCAUUUCCAAAUGACUGGCUCUACUGCUUGGUAUGACAGAGACGGAAAACAAAAGAACUACUGGGGUGGAGCCACGGUAGACAGCGGACAGUGCGCUUGUGGAAUCUCAGCCCUCGACAAAGCAGUAUUCGCAAUAGUGUAA